CGUGCUUCUACGAAUCAGUUUUCCAAUUAAAGUAAACGAAAUCCCCAAAUCUCAUUUUCAGACAAACCCUAGGAAUUCUCAAUCGGAAAAACAGGAAAAGAAAUCGGAGAUGACGAAGACCACGACGACGACUACGAACGACACCACCACUUCUGCCCCUAUCAAAAACCCUAAAAAGACUAAUAUCUUAGAUCAUCACUCCAUCAAGCACUUACUCGAUGAAACUGUCACUGAGAUCGUGACGAAUCGCGGUUACGGUGAAGAUGUAAGAACGAGUAACGUUAGAUUGUUGAUCGGAGCGAUUAUUAUCAUCAUCGCCCUCUUUGCUCAGUUUUACAAUAAGAAGUUUCCGGAUAACAAAAAUUUCCUCAUUGGAUGCAUCGUAUUGUAUGUGUUAUUCAAUGGGAUAUUGCAGCUGAUCAUCUACACGAAGGAAAAGAAUGCAAUUUUGUUUACCUACCCUCCUGCAGGCUCUGUUUACACUAGCACCGGCUUGAUGGUUUCUUCUAAGUUGCCCAGAUUCUCUGACAUGUAUACUCUUACGAUAGCUAGCACUGAUUCUAAAUCUAUUUCUGCAAAACCAACCGUGGAGUUCACCAAAAGCGUGACAAAAUGGUUCACAAAGGAUGGAGUGUUGGUGGAAGGGCUGUUUUGGAAAGAUGUUGAGGGACUUGUAAACGAGUAUGCUAAUGCUACAGAUAACAAAAAGCGCAAGUGAAGGAGUGAGUGAGAAUUUGUAGUGGUAUUUUAGUUGAUAUUUUGUUGAACCUACAAAUAUAAUAUUGCUUUGCAUAUGGGAAGGUUUUCGUUUCAUCU